AUGGCCAACGAAACCAAUGGUCACGAGAGCAAGAUCGCUCAGGUCGAACAGGUCGUCGCUGCAUCACUGAGACCCUUGCCAGCUAAAACCGGUGAUGGAACCUAUGUCAAGGAAACCAAAACUACAGGCAUCAUCAAAGAUUUGGGCCACGUUCACCUAAAAGAGGUGAAGGCACUUGUUGAAGUUGUCAAGGAUUCGGUUACCGGGGAGCCUUGGAAUGAUCGGGACUACAUCAUGGAACGAGUCAUUCAGCUUGCUGCAGGCCUGCCGUCCACUUCUCGCGACGGCAAGGAUUUGACAAACACUUUUCUGACUACUCUUUGGAAAGAUUUGCAGCAUCCACCCAUUUCUUAUCUUGGUCGUGAUUCAUCCUACCGCAAAGCCGAUGGAUCUGGAAAUAACCCAUUUUGGCCAAACAUUGGUGCCGCAAACACCCCCUACGCAAGAACUGUCCGACCAACUAUUGUACAGCCUGUUGCCCGGCCAGAUCCAGGCACUCUGUUCGAUAGCUUACUUGCUCGAAAAGAGUUCAAAGAGCACCCGAACAAGAUUUCAAGUGUGCUGUUCUAUCUUGCAUCUAUUAUUAUUCACGAUCUUUUCCAAACUGACCCUCGAGAUGGCACUGUUUCCAAGACCUCAUCUUAUCUUGAUCUAGGACCUCUCUAUGGUAACAACCAAGACGAGCAAAAUGCCGUUAGAACCUUCAAGGAUGGUAAGCUGAAGCCAGAUGUCUUCUCCACAAAGCGUGUUCUCGGAUUCCCUCCUGGUGUUGGCGUCUUGCUCAUCAUGUUCAACCGCUUCCACAACCAUGUUGUGGAGAACUUGGCCGCGAUCAAUGAGAAUGGUCGCUUUACGAAGCCAGCCGAAUCGAAUGAGAAGGCAUAUGCUACAUGGGAGAAUGACCUCUUCCAAACUGGACGCUUGAUCACCUGUGGCCUCUACAUCAACAUCAUCCUGAAAGAUUACGUUCGUACCAUUCUCAAUCUGAACCGCACAGACAGCAUCUGGAGUUUGGACCCACGAGCGGAAAUCAAGGAUGGCUUGCUGGGUGAUGCUCCGGCUCAGGCCACUGGAAACCAGGUCUCGGCAGAGUUCAAUCUUGUCUACAGGUGGCAUUCUUGUAUCUCCGCCCGAGACCAGAAGUGGUCUGAGGACCUCUACAAGGACCUGUUCAAGGGUGAUGACCCAAACACACUCAGUCUGCCACAGUUUGUUCAAGGUCUCUAUAAAUGGGAGGCCACCCUUCCAGAGGAACCCGAGAAGCGUCCUUUCGCAAAUCUUCAGCGACAGGCAGACGGCUCUUACCCUGAUGAUGACCUGGUCAAGAUCUUCCAGGAUAGUGUCGAAGAUGUUGCUGGUGCCUUUGGGGCAUCGAAUGUGCCACCUAUUUUCAGGGCUGUUGAGAUCCUCGGUAUUAAGCAAGCGCGUUCAUGGAACCUGGCUACUUUGAAUGAAUUCCGAUCCUACUUCAGUCUGGCUCCAUACAAGACCUUCGAAGAGAUUAAUUCGGACCCAGAAAUUGUUGACCAGCUCCGCCAUUUCUAUGAUCAUCCCGAUCUAGUCGAGCUCUACCCUGGUCUUAUUGUGGAAGAUGCCAAGAAGGCUGUGGUGCCAGGUAGUGGCUUGUGUACCAACUACACAAUCUCUCGAGCAAUUCUCUCGGAUGCUGUCUCGCUGGUCAGAGGUGAUCGCUUCUACACCACUGAUUAUACUCCCAAGCACCUUACCAACUGGGCAUACAAUGAGAUCAACUAUGAUACCUCAGUUGAUCAAGGCCAAGUCUUCUACAAGCUGGCUCUGAGGGCCUUCCCCAAUCACUUCAGUGGAGACUCUGUCUAUGCUCAUUUCCCAAUGGUUAUCCCGAGUGAGAACCAGAAGAUCCUGAAGAGUCUUGGAAAGGGUCAUAUGUACAGCUAUGCUGCACCUAGCUAUACCCCCAUUCCGACGAUCAUCAACUCCCAAGCCGCAUGCCGAAGCAUUUUAGAGAACCAAGAAGCUUUCAAGGUGACUUGGGGUAAGACGAUUGAGUUUCUCGUUCAUCGCGAUGGUCAUCCAUACGGUCGCGAUUUCUGUCUGGCUGGAGAUCGUCCGCCAAAUGCAGAAUCCCGUAAGAUCGUCGGUGCUGCGCUGUACCGAAACAAGUGGAAGUCUGAAGUCCAAACUUUCUACAGAGACAUCACAAUUCAGCUACUCAAGCGGAACUCUUACAAGGUGGCUGGUGUAAACCAAGUGGAUAUUGCCCGCGAUGUAUCCAAUCUCGCACAUGUCCAUUUCUGUGCUCAUCUAUUUUCCUUGCCACUGAAGACUGAGUCUAAUCCCAAGGGUGUCUUUUCUGAACUCGAGCUUUACCAGAUUCUGGCUUUGGUCUUCACUUGCAUCUUCUACAAUGUGGAUGUCGCCAACUCUUUCAAGCUUGAGCAGGCUGGUCGUGCAGUCGCUCAGCAGCUGGGAGAGUUGGUCAUGGCCAAUGUCGAGGUAAUUGAUAAGAGUGGAUUCAUUGCUAAUAUCGUGAGCCGCAUUCAUCGACAUGAUGUACUCAGUGACUACGGUGUUCAUAUGAUCCAGCAUCUCCUCAAUAGUGGCAUGCCCACGAAGGACAUUGUGUGGACGCAGAUCAUGCCAUCGGCCAGUUCGAUGGUUGCCAAUCAAGCACAGCUGUUUAGUCAAAUCCUGGACUUUUAUCUUGAGCCACAAAAUGCCGCUCAUCUUGCCGAGAUUCAGCGGUUGUCUAAGGAGACUACCCCAGAGUCUGAUGAGCUUCUUCUGCGAUACUUUAUGGAGGGCGCACGGAUCCGAUCGACUGUUGCUCUUCCGCGGGAAGUUGCCAAGCCCACAGUCGUCGAAGACAAUGGCGUGAACGUCACGUUGAAGGCAGGACAGGAAAUAGUUUGCAAUCUGGUCGCCGCUGGUCAGGAUGCAAAGGCAUUCCCAGAUCCCGAGACGGUCCGCUUAGAUCGGGACAUGAGCAAGUAUAUUCACUUUGGAUCCGGUCCCCAUCAAUGCCUGGGACUUGAAUUGUGUGAGACUGCUCUCCCUACUAUGCUCCGUGUUGUUGGUCAAUUGAAGAAUCUUCGCCGUACUCCAGGUCCACAAGGGGAGGUGAAGAAGAUCCCAGGCUCCUUCGGGAUCACGAUAUAUAUGGAUGAGGAGCAGAGCAACUAUUCUCCAUUCCCAACGACGAUGAAGAUCCAGUGGGAUGGAGAACUGCCAAGUCUGUAG